CAAAGAUAACAACUUUUCUCUCUCUUCUGUUUCUCGUCAAAUUCGAGAUUUUCUCUCGGUUUCGGAUCGAUUUUCGCUUGAUUUUCUUCUGCGAUUUGCUGUUGAUUAUGGAGAUGGAGCGCGUGAUGGAGUUUCCCCACACUCACCUCGAUCGCCGGCCGCGAAAGAGGGCUAGAUUGGGCUGGGAUGUUCCUGAAACCCCAAAGGCUCAGGUAGGAAUGUUAUGUGGACAAGAGGUUGGGAAUUUCACAAGCUUUGCAUCUUUGACCGCACCCUCAGACCACAAUAGUAGUUCUUCUCUAUUUCUAAAGGGAGUGGCUCGAAAUGGUUCUCCGCCUUUGCGUGAGGAUGACAAGGAUGGGCAUUACAUGUUUGUGCUGGGAGAAAAUUUAACUUCUCGCUAUAAGAUCCAUAGUAAAAUGGGUGAAGGUACCUUUGGUCAGGUCUUAGAAUGCUGGGACAGAGAAAAAAGGGAAAUGGUUGCCAUAAAAAUUGUUCGUGGAAUUAAGAAGUACCGUGAAGCAGCAAUGAUAGAAAUUGAAAUGUUGCAGCAACUUGGAAAACAUGAUAAAAAUGGAAAUCGUUGUGUGCAAUUACGGAACUGGUUUGACUAUCGUAACCAUAUCUGUAUUGUCUUUGAGAAGCUUGGACCAAGCUUAUACGAUUUUCUACGCAAAAACAAUUACCGCUCAUUUCCCAUUGACCUUGUCCGUGAGAUUGGCAGACAACUGUUGGAAUGUGUAGCAUUCAUGCAUGACUUGCAUCUGAUUCAUACCGAUUUGAAGCCUGAGAACAUUCUUCUUGUUUCUCCGGAUUAUGUCAAAGUUCUUGAUUACAAGAGUUCUUCUCGGUCGCCAAAGGACAGUUCUUACUUUAAAAGAGUGCCAAAAUCAAGCACUGUCAAGGUGAUUGAUUUUGGUAGCACAACUUAUGAGCGUCAAGAUCAGAAUUAUAUUGUAUCAACGCGCCAUUACCGCGGACCUGAGGUUAUCCUUGGACUUGGGUGGAGUUACCCUUGUGAUAUAUGGAGUGUUGGUUGUAUAUUGGUGGAAUUGUGUACGGGUGAGGCAUUGUUUCAAACUCAUGAGAAUUUAGAGCACCUUGCUAUGAUGGAACGUGUUUUGGGUCUGCUUCCCCAACAUAUGUUGAAGAGAGUAGACCGACAUGCGGAGAAGUAUGUUAGAAAGUCCAGACUAGAUUGGCCAGAAGGUGCAACCUCAAGGGAGAGUAUUAGAGCUGUUCAGAAGCUCCCUCGUCUUCAGAACCUCAUAAUGCAGCAUGUAGACCAUUCCGCUGGUGAUCUCAUUCAUCUGUUGCAGGGAUUACUUAAGUAUGAUCCUUCUGAUAGGCUUACAGCUUGCGAAGCCCUCAGGCAUCCAUUUUUUUCUAGGGAUCACUUGCGACGGUGAGGCAUAUGAUUUGAAAAUGGAAAAGGGCGGUUAAAAUCAUCAAAGGUCUUCCCUUUCUCAGGCAAGGGAUGCAAUUGGGAUCUAACUUUGAUUUGUAUAGUUGCCUGAAUCGCCAAAUGGUGUAAAUAAUUACCCAUCAACUGAAUGGAACAGGCGCACAAAACCGUCGUCUACUGACACCCCAAUUGUGUAUGCUGCAAACUUCAAUUCUGCAUUGUACAGAAUUUGAGAUACAGACCAGUUGACGUUUAACUACUUGGUACUGUAAAAUUUCCUUUUCCGUAUAUAGAUAUGGCUUCAAUUCUUCUUUAUUUCAAUUUUUGCUGAUCAUUUGUGUUAAGAUGGUUUAGUUCUUCCAAUUCCUCUUGUAAUAAUUGGUUUUUUUGUCUAAAAUGGCUGAGGUACCCUUGCGAUUGACUGCGGUUGCCAAAA